GUUUUGUGAAGGCUUUGUCGAUGAAGCUGUUUUGGCUUUUUGUACAAUAAUGCCUUUACUAAGCUUUACGGGGUAUUCAAUAACCCACCAAUAACCCAAACAGUAGGUUACUAUGGUUACAGUCAUUGCAAGCAUAAAUAAUGAACAUAAAGCUUGUAAAGUUUGUUCUAAGUGUCAAAGCCUCUGAAUUUAUCUUGAGAGUUAAGAAAAAUGUCUCAAAAUAGUUCGCGUUCUGGUAGUACAUUUUCAGUCAAAAGUCCAAAUUUACUACAUAAAAAUCGAAAUGAUUGUAAUAAUCAAGAUAUAUCGAAUAAUAGAGUCGCCAAACAUGACAAUUUUAACGAUGAAGCAGUUAGUAAAGAGCUUAUCUUGAACACAUUUUUAAGUGGCAGUGAAUCAGUUAAAUCGUUCAAGCCACCAGUCCCCCUUCCCAGAAAAAAACUUACUGAACUCAGAAGAAAUUCUAAUUCUAGUACAAGAACGUUUGAUGUUACAUCUCCAAAAAUUUUACAUAAUAGUGAUAGUGUAGGGGAUGAGGAUGAGCUCUUGUGUAUUGUUACGACUAAUGUCUCUCUUACAGAAAAAAUACAUGAAAAUGAAGAACAGAAACUAUCUUCGCUCGAUAGUUUAAGUGAAACAUCAGAAAUAAUUGUUAAAACAUCGAAAAUUAGAAGCAGUAAAGAAACUAAAGAAAAAAUACAAUUUGCAGAAUCAAUUAAAGCACGCAAACAUAAAUAUCGACGAGGAAAAAAUAAAAAGUUAAAUGACAGACAAAAAAUAGCUAAAAAUUUAAAAGAGUUAAAAUCUUCAGACUCUGAAACAGACAACGACACAGAUAGUUCCAAAGAUAUAUUUAAACAACCUACACAGAAAAAUAAAAUAAAAAAGAAAAACAGGAAUGCUAAUAGAGAAGAUGUAAAUUCGAUAGAAGAAAAUACGAAAUCUACUAACAAAAACAGUGAUAAUGAAAGUGACCAAAACGAGAAAAGUGCUUUUUGUUAUCAGAACAUAACAGAAAUAAUAAUUCAUAAGUCCGAUAGGCUAUUAUUGAAUUCAUUUGUUAUUCAUCCGGUUGUGAAAAUACACGUGGUCGACAUACGCACUGGGAAAUAUUUCAAAAAAAGCGACAAGAAUAGAUCGGUUGCUUUUUACUACGAAAACGAGCAUAAUGAUUACAUUUUGCCGAUUAUGACCAACUCAUACAAUUUACAAGAAAAUCGAUCGUUUUAUCCAAAAUGGGAAGACACCAUUCUACUUAACGAGGAUUUUGAUUAUUUAGUUAAUGAAAAUGUUAUCAUAUUUUUUGAAAUUAUGGAUUUUUCGACAACUAACAUUGCUACAUUGAGGAAAAAUAAAGAGUAUGAUAAAGGCUGGUAUAAGAUAGCUUUUUCCUUUUUAAAAUUAGUGGGAAAAUCCAAUGCACGUAAUGUUAACAAGAAACUACAACUUCAAUUGUAUUAUAACCAAAAUGUCAGUAAAAAAGCUGAGUACGAUUCUUGUGAAUUAUGGGAGUUGUGGCACAAGAAAAAGUUAAAAAAGUACCCUUCUACUCUGUAUGUUACUGUCAAGGAAAUGAUAUCCCAUAGAAAAAUUAUAGAAGCGUUUAGGUCGAAGACUCCAUUAGAAAAGGAAGAUAUCAGCCAUACGACCAAUGAUAAAAACGCAAAUGAUAGUAUAUCAAUUAAGCAAAAAAUAGAAGAAGAUGCAGAUAGCAUUAACGCAAAAUUAAAGAAUUUAUCUCGACAACAAAGUUUAAUACCACAUGACUUCCUUUAUGAAAUAAAUACAUUUGAAGAUGGCUGCUUUGUAUUUAAAUUCAGCAACAAUGGGAAAUAUUUGGCUUGCAGUAUGAAAAUAGAAAACGAUUUUUAUAUCAUUUUUUAUAUGACGGACGACUUUGAAGAAAAACGCAGAUAUCAAAGCCAAGAAGGCUUGAUUUAUAAUAUAGUUUGGUCAGCUGACGACAAUUAUUUGGUCACUUCUUCUGCGGAUAAUACCGUUGCCAUUUGGGAUUUUACAAAGAGCACCUUUUUACAAAUAUUACCUCAUUCGUCUUUUGUAUAUGCCUGCGAUAUUAAUAAUGAAAAUACAAUAGCUUCCGGAUGUUACGACAGGAAAAUAUCACUUUGGAUACUCAACAAAAGUGCUUUGAGAUACGAACUGGACGCGGAGCUAAUGAAGCACAGUGGAUUAGUAACAAGUGUGUGCUUUACGAAAAAAAAGUUAAAUUUUUUAUAUUCCUCCGAUUCUUGUGGAGAAAUCAUUGAAUGGUAUAAGGAAUCUGAUGGGCAAUGGAAUUUUAGUAGGAGCAUAGAUAUUGUUGAUAUCAGGGGAACCAAGAUUAAUGAAAUUCUAUUAUUUCCAAACGAGAAAAAAAUGUUGAUUCAUUCUAGAGAUUCAGCUCUCAGAAUAAUAUCAAUAAAAAACAGUUGUGUAAUACAAUGGCUACGUGGAUCAUUAAACGUGAGAGUACAAACAUUUUGUGGAAUAUCUUCUAACGGAUUUUUGGUGGCUGCUGGAAGUGAAAACGGAUUGGUACUAAUUUGGGAAGCGAAUAAUGCGAAGGUAGUUAAGGCUUUAGAAGGUUUCUCUACAGCAUCUAAAACUGUUCACUGCGUAAAAUUUAAUCCGAUAAUGAAUAUGCUAGCGUACUCUCAUUAUGGAUCUAGAGAACCAGUUGUCAUUUACGGAUCUGAUAAGGCUAACAAGAAAACUGAUAUAAAAAAUGAUAGAGAAACUACGAACUUGCGUUCAAAAGAUGAAAGUAAUAUGGAAGAGAUAUGCGAUUAUAAGAGAAUUUUAGAAAGGAUGGAAAAAUUAUUUAUACAGGGUGAGUCUCUUAAAUAAGUGCAAAUAUUUUUAGGGCUGGUAUAGAUCUCGAAAAAAGAAACAUACUUUCUCUUUACCGUUUUUUAAAUAAAUCCAAAA